GUGCAUAAAUUAUACUUCGCAUUCUCUGCUUUUGCAGAAUGGGGUAAAGAUUGCAUGAACAAUUUGAAAUGAGUUGGUCACCUGAUACAAGACUCCGCCCACAGCAGAGAUUAGAUACAAAAUGGAUGAAAACAGACCUACAGGAGAUCUUUGGGAGGGAUGGUCUAAGUCAGCUGUGGAAUGAACUGGUGAGGGAUGGGGAAGUUGUUGUGAACAGUAAUGAUGGACUUAUGAACGGCAGUGGUGUCCUGGCUCGUAAAGGUACAACAGGCCUGUAUUAUUGUGGUAUGAAAGUGUUAUCAUGUAGUUGUUGUGAUGGACACUGCGGACCAAACAAUGGCUGUAACUGCCCACCAUGUCAAAAACUUGAUAAAGAAGAGGAAGAAAUUAAAAAAGAAGAGGCCAAAAGACCCAAGUUUUCCUCCUCUCAGAUAAUAGAUUCAUGGACAUGGGGACCACAGCCAGAUUCUGGUCAAUUGAAGGAAUGUCUAGACUCAUUACUACAUGAACAUUUGAAGUUAUGCACAGAAGCAGCAUGCUCGUCAUUGUCAGUAACUCGCCUACAACAAAGAUUGGCUGUUUUAGAACGAUACUUUGUUGCCUUGGGACGUCAGACACCUAUAGAAGGAAGAACACCAUCCAAGAAAAGUCAGGCAAACCAAACUAACCUUAGUAAACAAAAGAGUUCCUCUAAACCAGUAGAGAAGGCUACUAUUGGUUUGGCUAGAGUGGGUUCUAGAGCUGCCUUGAGCUUUGCCUUUGCCUUUCUUCGUCGAGCUUGGAGAUCUGGAGAAGAUUCUGAUCUGUGCAGUGAACUGCUCCAGGAAUCAUUGGAAGCUUUGCAAUCCCUCCCAGAGGCCACACUAUUCGAAGAAGGAUCUGUAUCAGGAGUCUGGAUAGAAGUAGUGGAGAGAGCUACUAAAUUCUUACAUUCAGUUGUUGGAGGAGACCUAAAUGGAAGUGCUAGUUCCAAAGGAUCCAGUAAAAUUCCUGUGCAAGACCAACAAAUAGCAUUAUCUCUACUGUUAGAACUUUCUAUACAACGAGGAUCUCUGAGUUCUGUCUUGGGCUCAGUUCUUCUACUCCUGAACUUGUGGAACAAUAGCCAUCAUGAGUUUGAUAAUCGUGUUAGUUGUAGUCUGAACUGUGCUCCAUUAAUACCAAUUCUUAAACGCUACGAGAAAAUCCACAGUGCUAAAACAAGAACAACAGAAGUACACAAGUGGAGUGAGAAUGAAGUAUAUGGAAUCAGUCCCACCGAAUGUUUCUUGCGUUACCUCACAUAUCCAGAAGAUUAUAACGUACCUGUAGACUUACGGCAGUGUGCUGUCGUCAUUAUGUCACAUUUAGAUAGACUUUGUCAACCUUAUUUACCACCAAGUCAUUCACAAAAGUCUACAAGAAGUAGUUUGAGCCAGGAAGUAAUUGGCUGGGGAUGGUUGUCAUGGUUAGGUGGUAGCAGUGGUCAAGGGCCACACAUUUUAGAAUUUUUCAAUGAUGUAGGUGGUGUGUCAGAAGUUGCUUGUGCAGAGAGAUGCAUGUUGGUUCUGGCUAAGAAUGGAAAAGUUUUCAUGAUGUAUUACUCGGCAGACACAGCAUCUCUACAGUUAGUGACAGGAUUUGGCGACAGACAGGUAGUAAAGAUAGCCACACACCCUGAUGGUAGACAUUACUUAGCUUUAACCAGUGAUGGAGAGGUGUUCUCCUGGGGAAACGGUGAUGGAGGAAGAUUGGGACAUGGAGAUUCAAUAACAAGAGAAGAACCAACUCUGAUCACUGCUCUAUCAGGAAAACAAGUUUCCUAUAUUUCCUGUGGAAGUACCUACAGUGCUGCUAUUACAGGAAGUGGAGAAUUAUAUACAUGGGGGCGUGGUAACUAUGGAAGAUUGGGACAUGGAGCCAGUGACGAUGUUAGUGAGCCAACCAUUGUCAAAGCUUUGAAAGGACAUAGAAUUGUAGACAUUGCUUGUGGCAGUGGAGAUGCUCAUUCGAUAGCCGUGUCUGACACAGGUGCUGUAUACACUUGGGGAGAUGGAGACUAUGGUAAACUGGGCCGUGGUGGUAGUGAUGGGUCUAAAUCUCCAAAAAUUGUAGAGAAAUUGAUUGGACAAGAAAUCAAUAAGGUCUACUGUGGAGCUCAGUUUAGUCUGGCUCAAACAAAAUCUGGAGCUUUAUUUUCAUGGGGAAAGGGAGAUAACUUUAGAUUAGGACAUGGAUCAGAGGAACAUGUUAGACAUCCAAAACAAAUAGAAUCUUUAUCAGGAAAGAAAGUGAUUAACAUUGCUAUAGGGUCUAUGCAUUGUGUGGCUAUCACAGAGGAUGGAGAACUUUAUGGCUGGGGAAGAAAUGAACAUGGACAGUUGGGAGAUGCAUCAUCUAACUGUAGGUCUGUGCCUACUGUACUAUCAGGACUGGAUGGCAAAAAUAUCAUUGGAGCUUCUUGUGGUCCAAAUCAGACAUUUGCCUGGUCCUCUGGUGGACAAUGUAUGAUCAGUGGCAGGAUUCCCUUUGUUGUUGACAUCUGUAAGUCAGCAUUUGAACAACUGGAUGAGUUAUUGUCUGACGUGUGUGAAGGAAUGGAUGGACGAUCAGACUGGCCACCACCUCAAGAUAAAGAAUGUAUUGCUGUAGCUGGUCUAAAUCUACUCAACUUACAACUCCACGCUGCCAUAUCACAAACAGAGUUCUUAGAUUCUCUUGGAUUAGGAAUAGGUAGUCCUUUAGUAACCAGUCUGAAACAGAGAGUUGUGUCCCUUGCAAGCAAUCAAGGAGUCAUCAGUACAGUCCAGUCAGCUGCCCAGAAUGCACUGCAGAGUGGAUGGUCCAUCCUUUUACCAACAGCAGAAGAAAGAGCUAGGGCUUUGUCAUCACUUCUGUCAGCAGGAGUACAUCGUGACUGUACAGCUAUGAGUCCAGGUCAGAGAUUCAUGACAGAUUUAUUAGUUGGUAGUUUAAUGUCAGAUGGUGGAUUAGAAUCAGCUUUGUAUGCAGCCAUUAGGAAAGAAGCUCAAGGAAUUGAAGACAAAAAGGACAGAGAAAAAGAUUGUGUGAAAGAUAAAGAUAAAGAGAGUGACAAGAAAGCAGAGACCACUAAAGCUGAUCUGUUAGAACCAAACCCUGAGAGAGACAGUGAUGAAGGAGGCUCUACUAUUCCAUUGUUACAACUCAUACAACAACUGUUAAGGAAUUCCUCAACCCAUACCUCCUCCAGAUUGUACAAUAUCUCAGGUGACAACAUUCUGAAGGUUGAUGAGAUGGAUUUGACAGAGACCAGUCCUUCCCUAGACCUUCUCCUUCAGGUCCAAAGACUUAUUGUUUCACACAUUUAUCCACAUGAAGAUUCUGCUGCUUCUGAGAAAGAACUUGAGUUACAGGGAGCAGGUGUUUUAUUAAGGAAGUAUGUAACCUUAUUGUGUAACCAUGUAUCAGACAUCCUUCCAAUAGCCGCCAGCCUAGCUACUACUGGUACAAAACAUUUCUCUAUUGUGUCAAAGAUCAUACAGAAAGAUGUUACAGGAAUUUUACUACCAGAGAUGUCUACAUGCUUAGUACUACUACAACUGAGAAAUCCAGCAGUGAUCCAGUCAUCUCAGGUUGUACCAGUCAUGGAACAGUUACUGGACAUUAUAGAUAAAUUUAACAAACUUGCACCAGGACUUAACAAGGAUGAUAAAGAAGAUUUAGCUUGGCCUGGGGUAUUUAGUUAUUCAUUAGAGAAGUACAGUCGUAAAGCAUCUGAAGAUGUCCAGACUAUCCGCAAAUCUGAUUUAGAAAAUCAUAACAAAGAUGGAGGGUUAUGGGUGGUCAUUCAUGGAAAAGUUUAUGAUGUUCAGGAAUUCAAAACUACAGCUAAAUGUGGCAAAAGUAUUCUGGAAGAGUAUGCUGGGAGAGAUGCUACAAUGGCUUUUGAGAACUAUUACCAUUCAUCUGAGGCCAGAGAGAUGAUGCAGUCAUAUUAUGUGGGACAGUAUCUAGAUCCUGAGAAAGAUACUGUACAAUCAACUGACAGAAACACAGCAUCAUCUCCACUAAUGGAUGUUGAACGUACCCUAGGCAUGCUGUUAGGCUUACAUGCCUCCUAUCAGGCUAGGAGCACCCCUCUCUCACAGGAGGAACAUGAGCAUGACCAUUGGCUUAAGGCAGAAUUCUUUGCUGGAGGGCUGAAGGUUUUGCAGCCUAAUAAUCAGUUUGAGGAAGAGAAAGGAGAAACAAGGAGUUGUUCAACUACACCAGGUACUACUCCUACAUCUGAACAGCGACAUAUACCAACAUCAGAAGAUAAGGAAUCGUUUGAUCCUCUGAGUACACAGACUGACAUAACACAGCCAUUCCUACAGUCAUUGGUCGAGGGCAGAAUUACAGACCAUAAUGUUAAAACAUUCCUAGCUAUAAUGGAGAAAUAUUGUAAACACCAUAACUUACUCAAUAUACAUUUUAGUCAUGAACAUCCUAUAGAAGAAGUAGGAAGGUUAUUACUAGCAGUUUUAUUAAAGCAUGAUGAUUUGGGACAUGCAGCCCUGAGUUUGGUGGAGUAUGGACAGACAGAGAGAGAUAAACAUCUGCCUAGAUCUCUUGUAGAACUCUUCAAAAUUGUAAAUCAGACCAAAAAAACUCUUGUCAAGGCUCAUCAAGAUCAAGGAAGAUCUUACAAAGAAGUGUGUGCACCUGUAAUAGAAAGAUGUCACUUCCUGUUUAAUGAACUUCGACCUGCUGCAGGGAAUGAAGUUCAUGCAAUGAGUAGGUCAAAAAUGCUGAGAAGUCAUCCACGAUGGAAACAAGUUACCAUGAAGAUGAUGGAUGAAAGGAUUAAAUCUAAACGCCUUUCUCAUGUAGAAGAAGAGGAAGAAAAGAAAGAAAGUGAUGAGGAUUUAGAGGGAGCCACUGGAAUAAGUGAAGAGGUCAAGGCUGAACAAAUUGUAUUAGAGAUCAAAGAAGAGGAAGACCAUGAAGUCUCAAGUACAACAGAACCAGCAGAGGAAGCUGUUUUUACAGUGGAACCUGUACUGAAAGAGGAAUCAGCAACACCAGAGAAAAAAUCUGUCCAGUCAGAUGAAGUUUCUUCAUCACGAGAAAAGUCAGAAAUGAAGAAGGUUGAUUCCUGGAAACAAAUAGCUAAAACAGUAUCAAGUUCUCGUAAAUUUGGUUUGUUGAAGCAGAGAAUGACAGGAUCUAAAAUAGACCAAGGAUUGGUGAACGGUAUUGUUGAGUUUGUAUUACAUGAACAUCCUAUAGAUAUAGAGAAACUCAGGAGAUCAUUACAUCACCAGGUUGAUAGAGCUCAAUUGAGACUAAAAGGAAUCCAGAAUAUGUUAAGUUUAGUCAGCAAAGAUUACCUGAUUCCCUCUACCAAAUACAACAUCCUGUCUGGUUGGCUUGGAUUGUUGACUGUUGGUACAAGAGCUAGUACAUUAAUUCCCCACUGCCUGGCUAAUGUCAGCCUGAUACCUCCAUGUGACAGAAUCCUUCUGGAGAUGCAGUUUUCUGACCUCUAUAAGUGGGCCAUUCAGGAACUGAGAAGUUUUAUCAUCCAGUCUGACAUGAUGUUCAAAGAAAGAGGAAUUAAUCCAACUGUCUCCAUCCAAGACUCUCAAAAGGAAAGAUUAAGUUUAGGAGCUUUACCCCAUUCUAGAUUUUUGCUGGCCACAAUGGGAAUUUUAAUGUCAGUACACCAGAGUAACAUGGUCAGUUUGUUGUUAAAUUCUGGAGUAUUAGGAUUGACACAAACAUUAAUGAGACUUGUAGGACCAGAUCCCGAUAAACCUAUCCAGGACAACAAUGGAACUUUACAUGCAAUAUUAGAGGAACAGAAACACAAGAAACAGUCCCAGCCAGUACCUAUUUCAGGACCAGAGUUAGCAGCUAUGAUGAAAAUUGGCACUAGAGUUGUUAGAGGUGUAGACUGGAAGUGGGGAGAUCAGGAUGGUCCAGCCCCCAGUAUGGGACGUGUGAUCGGUGAGUUAGGAGAAGAUGGUUGGAUCCGUAUCCAGUGGGAUACUGGUAGUACAAAUAGUUAUAGGAUGGGAAAGGAAGGAAAAUAUGACCUGAAAUUAGCUGAACCCCCAGAAAUGCCAGAUAAUGAUGAAGAAGAUGAUGAUGAUUUGGAAACUGAAAAAUCCCGACCACUAAGUAGACAUCCAACAUCACAGAUCAGAAGGUCCACUGUAAAUCUAUUGAGAACUUUAUGUAUUUGUUGUGCUAUGAAUGCUGAAUGCAUGCAGAGAUCUGCUGUAGGAACUCUUUGUGGACUUCUACAGAGAGUGAUAGAUGCUGGCUGUAAUCAGGGUCCAAAUUCCAAUGUACAUGUAGCUUUUGAACAACACUUCACUUGGUGCACACUGGGAUUCAUUCGGUCCAUUGCUACUGGGCCUGUCAUUUGUAAAGCACUUAGUUCACCCAGAUGGAUUGAUCUUCUUCUUAAAGUGCUUGAAGAGGAUAGAGCACAAGUUCACUGUAAAAAUAUAACAAAACAGAUAUUAACUUUGAAAUUCCUGGCCUCUGUGUUACCAUCAUGGGAUAAUACAGAUGAUUCUGUGAGAGCCAAAGUGAUUGUACAGAGACUGUUUAAUUUGCUGGGUAAAGUAGUGAUGACCUGUGUAGCUGAUCCUACACUCUUACCUCAAAUUGAUUAUCCCAGGAAAGGUCACAAACAGAGGGCACCAGUCUCUCUGACAGCCUCCUAUACCAGUACCAUCGCUGAGGAAAUCAUUACUCUGAUCAGAAAACUACAUACACAUGACAUCUGGAAUUUGUAUAUCAACAACUUUAUUACAGAACAUUUGUCCUUGAUAACAGACAUGGUCAUUGACAAACCUAGGUCAUCUGAAUUUCAGGAUGAAGAUCAACCAUUUGAAGACAACACUUCACCAUUCCCAAAUCAGCCUGCAGUUAUGGCUGCCAUGGCAGUUACAGGUGGUAUAGACAAUAGACCUCACCUAGGUGGCACUGUAAAACAUCCAACCAAUGGUCUUGGUGUAGUUACUAAAAUAACACCAAAAGGCAAAAUCCAUGUACAAUUUGGUAGCAAGCUAGUCAAAAUUUGUAGACUAAAUGAGCUUGUGACUUCUGUCUGUGUACAUUUUGAUGUAGAGAACAUGAGACUGAGUGAAGACGCCCUAAAAAUGUGGUCAACCCUGUUUAGCUUGAGUGGUAAUAUUGUAAAGGGAGACAAGGACAACAAAGAUGGCCAAGGGGAAGAACCAGUAGAAAUCAAAACAGAACAUGGAAUAGCAGAUAUGGAAUUAAGAAAACAACAGUUGAGACUUGGAAUACUGAAAGCUUCUAGAGUGUUGCUGAGUAGACAGGAGGUCCUACGACAAGUUCUAUCACAGAGGAUACUCCCAUCUCUGAUGCCCAUUCAGGAUACCUCAGAGCCUGCCAGUGAUGAGGAUGCACCAGAGCCUCCCAGUACAAUACUGCAGCAGUUAAUGGUGGCAGCCACACAGCCGUCACCACUCAAACCUGUCUUUACCAAAGAGGAACUGGAGGGUGCAGCAUUGACAGUAACACAGUAUCUAACAGCAUCACAUUCCCAAAAAGGUGAAGAUUCCGACUCCUCUGAUAGUGAAAGUGAAGAGGAGGUCAUUCCUACAACCACAAACCUUCCAGUAUCUACUGACAACAACAACAGUAACCGCCCACCAAAACCAAAGAAACUCAAACCAACUCAACCACCACCAUCAGCACUGGUAACGCAGCUCAUGGAAAUGGGAUUUUCUAGGAAAAAUGUGGAAUUUGCUAUUAAAGCACAACCUGGUAGUGCAGUAUUAGGAGGAUCAGAACCUAACGCUGAGACCUUGGUCGGUUGGUUGUUAGAACAUCCUGACCUGAACCUUGAUGAUGAUACAGAUACUGAUAGUAUCUCCUCUCUUGACUUUUAUUCUGAUUCUGAUUCUACAUCAGAAGAUUUCGAGGCAGAGGAGGAGCCUAAUUUCUUUGAGAACAACAAUGCUCUCCAGGAGGUUGUGUCUCCCACAACUACUAACACUCAGACAUUUAAGAAGAGGUCAGACUUUGUGACCAAUGACCAGUAUGCUAUGUAUGUGAGAGACAACUUACAAGUCGGCAUGAGUGUACGCUGCUGUAGAACAUAUGAAGAUGUACAAGAAGGGGACAUAGGAAAAGUUAUCAAGUUGGACAGGGAUGGAUUGCACGAUUUAAACAUUCAGGCAGACUGGCAAAGUAAAGGUGGGACAUACUGGGUCAGAUACAUACAUGUAGAACUAUUGGGAUUCAUUAGCCCUGGUAGUACAAUAAAAGUUGGAGAUAAAGUCAGAGUAAAACCAUCAGUUACCAUGCCAACAUAUAAAUGGGGAUCAGUUACUCACAGGAGCAUUGGAACAGUUACAGCUAUCAAUCCUAAUGGGCGUGAUGUAACAGUAGACUUUCCUCAGCAGGCCCAUUGGACUGGUAUCAUAGAAGAGAUGGAGAUAGUACCUAGUACUCACCCUGGUGUUGGUUGUGAUGGAUGUGAUGUAUUCCCUAUUGUUGGUAACAGAUAUAAGUGUAGGAUGUGUGAUGACUUUGAUUUCUGUGAAAACUGUUUUAGAAGUAAAAAACACAGACAUCCAUUUAACAGGAUAGGUGAACCAGAAAGUGAUCCAGUACCUGUUGGAAAGCCAGGUAAACAGAAGAAAAAAUUACCAUAUAUUGCAAGUGGAGCCAUGAUAGAUGAUUGGCAUACCUGUGUUAAGAAUAUGACUGUAUCGUCGAGAGAGAAUCAGGCACACAGACUUGUAGAUGGUAAUGGUGGACACUGGCAGAGUUGUGGUACACAAGGAAAGCAUUGGAUAAGAAUGGAGAUGCUUCCUGAUAUAUUAAUACACAGACUUUACAUGAGAGUAGAGCCUACUGAUUCCAGUUACAUGCCCUCAGUGGUGGUGAUAUAUGGAGGAGAGACGCUCAGUAGUAUGAAGGAGAUUCGUACAGUCAACAUCUCAUCAUCAGAAACACUCAUCACAUUACUCUUAGAUAUGAAUGAGUACCUAAGAUUCAUAGAGCUCCAGAUCAAACAGUGUCGUAGUAGUGGUAUAGACUGUAAAAUACAUGGUAUGUCAAUCAUAGGACGAUUGAAAACCGAUGAGGAUGACACUGCCGCUAACUUUUCAUUCCUAGCCUCAGACAGAGAAGAUGAUGAAGAGGAGAAAACUACGCAUACAGGAACCAAGAAAAAGUCUAAAAUAGGUGCUGGCAAGGAAAUACAGACUCAUGUGUUUGUCUGGGGACUAAACGAUAAAGAUCAGUUAGGAGGUCCAAAAGGCUCCAAGAUAAAACUACCAUCUUUAAAUGAUUCACUGUCAACAUUGAAAUGUGUGCAGAUAGCUGGGGGAUCCAAAAGUUUAUUUUGUGUGACCCAAGAUGGUAAAGUAUAUGCCUGUGGAGAGGCCACCAAUGGAAGACUUGGUCUAGGAAUUAGUACGGGCACAGUUUCUGUCCCCAAACUAGUGACGUCACUCAGUCAAUAUGUUAUCAAGAAAGUAGCAGUACAUUCAGGAGGAAGACACUGUUUAGCUUUGACGACAGAUGGCAAAGUUUUCUCCUGGGGAGAAGGAGAUGAUGGAAAAUUAGGUCACUUCAGUAGAUGGAAUUGUGACAAACCAAGACUAAUAGAAGCACUGAAGUCCAAGAGAGUGAGGGAUAUAGCCUGUGGAAGUUCUCACAGUGCUGCUAUUACAUCUAACGGGGAUCUAUAUACAUGGGGUCUUGGUGAAUAUGGUCGAUUAGGUCAUGGUGAUAACACAACACAGCUUAAACCAAAACAGGUGAAGGCAUUAGCCAGUCAGAGGGUGGUACAAGUAGCCUGCGGUAGUAGAGAUGCCCAGACUUUGACACUUACAAGUGAGGGGCGUGUCUACUCAUGGGGUGAUGGAGAUUUUGGUAAACUUGGACGAGGUGGCAGUGAAGGUUGUAAUGUCCCACAUGAGAUAGAACGAUUGAGAGACCUUGGAGUAUGUCAGAUAGAGUGUGGAGCACAGUUCUCUCUGGCUUUAACCAAAGCUGGACAAGUUUGGACAUGGGGAAAGGGAGAUUACUUCAGACUUGGACAUGGAACAGAUGCUCAUGUCCGUAAACCACAGAUGGUAGAAGGACUGAAAUCAAAGAAGAUAGUACAUGUAGCAGUAGGAGCCCUUCAUUGUCUGGCUGUCACAGAUAAUGGACAGGUUUUUGCAUGGGGUGACAAUGACCAUGGACAACAAGGAAAUGGUACCACAACAGUCAACAGGAAACCAGCUCUGGUCCAUGGACUGGAGGGAUUUAAGAUUACCAAAGUAGCUUGUGGUUCAUCACACAGUAUAGCAUGGGCUACCACUGAUUUGUCAACACCAUCUACACAUGAACCAGUCCUAUUUUCUACAUCAAGAGAUCCACUAGGGGCAACAAUUCUGGGAAUGAAUGAAGGAAAUUGUGAUGAUAACCAUAACCAAACAGUGGCACUGCCUAUGCCCUCUAUCAAAACUGCUCGUCCCUCAUUGGCCAAAAUAAUACUGUCUCAGGAAUCAGAUGCUGCCAAACAGCUAGCCCUGAACCAUGUAUUAACAGCAUUACAAAUUAUUUAUGCAAGGGAAGCAGUUGUCAGUUCUUUAACUAGAGAAAUUCAAGCUGUACCAGUAACAUCAGAAACCUUACAGAACCCUAUCACUAUGUCUAACAUUACACUAGAGGACAAUUCAUCUGCAGUAUCCCCUGAACCAGACACAUCAACAACAGAACCACCAGAGCACCCUUACGGAGACCAUUUUACAUUUCCCAGCAUGCAUAGCUUAGCCUUCAAGGUUUCCCCAGCAACCAGCAUUAUGGUGGAAACUUUCACAUCAACAGAUGAAGUAACCAGUACAAUAGACACAAUCAACACAGCCUAUCCUCCAGGAUUAGAUGAUUUCACUAACAAACUGACAGCUGAUGAUGCUAGGGUCCUUGUAGACUUGCUGAAGUUGUCUGUAGCAUUGAGAGUUGGUGAGAAAGGAAAAGAAAGCUUGUCUGACAUUCUGACUUGUCUGGGAAAGGCUUAUCCUUCUGUUGCUGAAAUGUUAUUAGAGUUAUGUGUGACUGAAUUGGAAGAUGUUGCCUCAGACAGAGAAACUGGUAGGGUAGCAGCUAAACCUGUUGUACAAGAAAGUACACAUCCAUAUACAGAUGACACAUCAUUAACAGGUCAUGUUAAAAUUCCAGGUGCUGAAGCUUUGAGAGUAGAGUUUGAUCGUCGCUGUUCCACAGAAAGACGACAUGAUCCACUGACAAUAAUGGAUGGAUCUGGUCAUACAGUUUCCGUCAGAUCAGGAAGAGAAUGGACUGACUGGUCACAGGAGCUGAGAAUACCUGGAGACGAGUUACGAUGGAAGUUUACCAGCGACGGAUCUGUCAAUGGAUGGGGAUGGUGCUUUACUGUUUAUCCUAUCAUGCCAUCAGCGACACCAAUGGACAUUUUAUCUGAUAGAACAAUUCUGUCUCGUCCCUCUAUAGAUCUAGUCACAUGUUUGUUAGAUUUUAAAUUAGAUCUGAGUUUAGAUAAGGAAGUAGUGAACAGACUGGCUGCUGCUUUAGCAGCUUGUGCUCAACUAAGCUCACUUGGUGCUGGACAGAGAAUGUGGGCAUUACAGAAGCUAAGGACAUUAAUUAGUGCCAAAUCUUCAGAUCAGUCACUGAACAUAAAUGCUUUAUUAUCUAGUCCUAGUCCAGACACGCCUGAUUCUGACACGGCACAGAAAUCAUAUGCUUUGAAUGGGACUGCAGUACAUUCACUAGUCCAGGGUUUACCAGAAGCUUUACAGAGACAAUAUGAAUAUGAAGAUCCUAUAGCCAGAAGUGGAAAACAUUUAAUGCAUAGUCCGUUCUUUAAGGUGCUUGUAGCAUUAGCUUGUGAUUUAGGAUUAGAUACACUACCUUGUUGUACUGAGGCUCACAAAUGGACAUGGUUCAGACGAUACUGUAUGGCAGCAAGAGUUGCCAUAUCAAUAGUCCAUAGAACACAACUGCCAGUACCAUUUGCUGAUGAAGUUCGUAAAAAGAUCCAAGAUUUGGCUGCUGAUGGUGAAGAAAUGACUAGAAAACACGAGGACCAUCAAAUAUUCAAAAUAGAACAAGAUGAACAAUUGUUAAUAUGGCUAAAUAGGAAACCAGAAGACUGGACAUUAUCAUGGGGAGGUAGUGGACAAAUCUGGGGAUGGGGUCAUAACCACAGAGGUCAGCUUGGUGGAGUUGAAGGGGCAAAGGUCAAACUACCUGUCGGUUGUGAAGCAUUAGCUACCCUUCGACCUGUACAGAUGAUUGGUGGAGAACAAACAUUGUUUGCUGUUACUGCUGAUGGCAAGGUAUAUGCUACUGGAUAUGGAGCUAUAGGUAGACUUGGUAUUGGUGGAACAGAUUCCGUAGCACAUCCUACAUUAUUAGAAUCCAUACAACAUGUGUUUAUAAAGAAGUUAGCUGUUAACUCCGGUGGUAAACAUUGUCUAGCUUUGUCAGCUGAUGGAGAAGUUUACUCCUGGGGAGAAGGAGAAGAUGGUAAACUUGGUCAUGGAAAUAGAUGUACAUGUGAUAGACCAAGAGUUAUAGAAUCUCUAAGAGGAAAAGAAGUGAAUGACAUUGCAGCAGGAGGUGCACACAGUGCUUGUAUAACAGCCAAUGGGGAGCUGUAUACAUGGGGCAAAGGUCGUUAUGGCAGACUUGGUCAUGGGGACAGUGAGGAUCAAUCAAAGCCAAAGUUGGUAGAGGCACUGAAAGGAUACAGGGUAAUUGAUGUCGCAUGUGGAAGUGGUGAUGCUCAAACACUGUGUAUUACAGAUGAUGAUAACGUUUGGUCAUGGGGUGAUGGAGAUUAUGGAAAAUUAGGUCGAGGUGGUAGUGAUGGUUGUAAGAUACCUAUGAAGAUAGAUGCACUUUAUGGACAAGGGGUUAGCAAAGUAGAAUGUGGGUCUCAGUUCUCUGUAGCAUUAACCAGAGCAGGUGCUGUGUAUACAUGGGGUAAGGGAGAUUACCACAGAUUAGGACAUGGUACAGAUGAUCAUGUGAGACGGCCUAGACGUGUGUCAGCAUUACAAGGGAAGAAGGUGAUAGAUAUAGCCUGUGGAUCUCUGCACUGUGUAGCAUGUACUGAUGCAGGUGAGGUGUACACUUGGGGUGACAAUGAUGAAGGCCAGGUAGGAGAUGGUACAACUAAUGCUAUACAGAGACCUAGAUUGGUUGCUGCAUUAACAGGCAAGAAGAUAAACAGAGUAGCAUGUGGAUCUGCACAUAGUUUGGCCUGGUCAACAAAUAAGCCAGUAAAUGCUGGUAAAAUUCCCACAUUAAUACCAAUGGAGUACAACCAACUACAGAAUAUAUCAAUUAUUGUCCUACGUAAUAGAUUAGUAUUACUUCAUCACUUCUCUGAUCUCUUUUGUCCUUCCAUUCCAAUGUUUGACCUUCAGGAUAAACCUGAACCAGAAUAUCUGGAGGAGAAUACCACUGGCUUAAAUAAACUGAGAGGCAUUUUAGUGUCGUCUGCAAAAGAAACUGCAUUUAGGAAAGUUGUGCAAGCUACAAUGGUCCGGGACAAACAACAUGGACCAGUAGUGGAAUUAAACAGAAUUCAGGUGAAACGUGCUAGAGGUAAAGGUGGAUUAGCAGGUCCAGAUGGUUCUAAAUCAGUGUUUGGACAGUUAGCUGCUAAACAAGCUGUGUUUAAUGCUGAUAGUCUCAUGCUACCACACAGGGUAUGGAAAGUCAAAUUUGUUGGAGAGAGUGUUGAUGAUUGUGGUGGUGGCUACAGUGAGUCUAUAGCUGAGAUGUGUGAUGAGUUACAGAAUGGAUCCCUCAACCUACUCAUAGUCACACCUAAUGGUCGCGGUGAAUCAGGAGCAAAUAGAGACUGUUAUCUACUCAACCCAAUGUUAAAAGGGCAUCAACAUAUCAACAUGUUCAGGUUUCUUGGAAUGUUGUUUGGUAUAGCUAUUAGAAGUGGAAGUCCCCUUAGUCUAAAUAUAGCUGAACCUGUGUGGAAACAAUUAGCAGGAAUGCCUGUACUUACUAUAAGUGAUCUGUCAGAGGUAGACAAAGAUUUUAUUCCAGGUCUGAUGUUCAUAAAAGAAAUGGAUGAUGCAAGUUUGCGAUCAGCAGAAAUGCCAUUUAGUAUUCCAAGUGCUUCUGGACAGGAAAUCCAUCUUAGUUCUAAAUAUUCAAGAAUAGCACCUGAGAAUAAGGCUGAAUAUAUCAGACUUGCAAUGAAUUAUAGAUUACAUGAGUUUGACGAGCAGGUGAAGUGGGUUAGAGAAGGUAUGGCUAAGGUAGUCCCUGUUCCAUUACUGUCACUGUUUACAGGGUUAGAAUUAGAAACUAUGGUGUGUGGCAGUCCUGACAUUCCAUUGAAUUUGCUCAAGUCUGUAGCUACAUAUAAAGGAAUAGAAGCAAUAGCGCCAUUAAUACAGUGGUUCUGGGAAGUUAUGGAGGAACUCUCAAACAAUGAAAGGUCCUUAUUCCUUAGAUUUGUUUGGGGACGGACAAGACUUCCAAGGACUAUUGCAGAUUUUAGAGGCAGAGAUUUUGUACUUCAGGUAUUAGACAAGUACAGUCCACCAGACCAUUUCUUGCCAGAAAGUUAUACAUGUUUCUUCUUGUUAAAAAUGCCUAGAUACUCAUGUAAAUCAGUGUUACAAGAGAAACUUAAAUAUGCCAUACAUUUCUGUAAGUCUAUUGACACUGACGAUUAUGCUCGUGUAGCAUUGACUGGAGAAAUGAUCGGUGAUGUGGACACGCCAGAUGUUAGUGAUGAGUCUGAGGAUAUUGAUAGUAUGGAAUCUGAUGGAGAAAUUAUUGACGAUAUGGAUGACUUUUAAUUUAUUUCAAAUUGAGAAGUUUUAAAGUGAAAAAUUUGUCUUUUUAUAGUGAGCUUAUGGAUCUGAUAUUCAUGGUGGAAAGUGAAUCCUUUCUUGUAAAUUUCAUAAUUUUUACUAGAAAUAUGAUAUACAUCUAAAGUUUCAUCAUCAACAAUGAUACAAUUUUGUACCAUUUUUCAAUAGCUGUCAACAAAAUAGGAGUAGCAGAAGAUUAGGAGGUUAUUUCUUGAAUUUGAACAAAGAAGUCAUGUAUUGGUGAAUUUCAGCAUUACUGAGACCCAGUUGGUUCAUCACUUAACAGUUAUAUCAAAUAAACUUAGUCAAACAUAAGUUAAGUUCGUUUAUUGUGGUUCCAAGAUUCCUUCCUUAAAGGGAACUUAAAUUGUUUACCUAUGGAAUUUUCAAUGCUAAAGGGAAAUAACUCUCUUGGCAAGGUUUCCUUAAAUUGGGUGUUAUGAAUCUAGAUGCUUUAUCCAUGCAAAAAGUUAUUGAAAAAUCUUUCAAACAAUUAUUUUGAAGUUUAAGAAGUAAUGAAAAGUAUUUGUUUGGCAUUUUAAAAUUGUUUGCUUUUUAAAGGUUACUUGGUAUAUAAUUAUUUCUUAUUGUUUAUUGGACAACUUGAGAAAAAUAAAUAUAUAUAAAAAAAAAAUGAAUAAAUAUUCCAAUAUCUAUAACACAACAUGAGGUGAAAAUACUGUAGUUAUCUGGGUAUUUUGUUUAUUUAUUAGGUGCAUUGUCAAUGCAGAAAACAAAAAAAAAUAUUUCUUAAUUGAUACCCAUUAAAUGAUAGUAAAAUAAAACCUGAUAAUAUUGCUUUGUAAAUAACUUUGAUACAUGACACUGCAUCAGAAUGUUGUGAUAUAAUUUGUCCAAAUUUUUGUCCUGCCAUUAAGACAGUAACACAUGAAGUUACAAAUACCAGUAUUAUUAAGUUAUGCUUUCAGUUUUGUGAUAGUGCCUCAUCAGAUGUAUCUGUAUAGAUAUUUGUUGUUAGUGCUAUUUGUGAUCAGUUUUUCUGGAAGAAUUAUUAGAACAAGCAGAAUUUUAUUUUUAUGAAUGUAAAAGUAGAAUGAUAUUCUUAAAGAAGAUCCACCUAAGAUAACUAAGAACUAAUAGACCCAACAAAAUUUAGUUGAAAAAAAAUAAAUGAUAUUUUACAGUUUCUUUUGAACUGUUUUAUAUCUUGAAUUUUACAUGUGAAAAUGAUAAAGUUGUUGUUAUCAAUUUGUUUUAAAGUGAAUUUACUUUGUUUUUAAUUGUGCAAACUAUAUAUGAUGACAUAGUUGCAAUUGGGUAGCUACAAGCAGAAUAUCAUAAAAUAAAUUGGAACUGCAUACUGCAAAUACAUCACAUGACAGUUUCAUGUACACAAAAUAUUUCAUGACGUAAGUUUUUUAUACAAGACAUUUAAACCUCAGUUUGCUCAAAACUGAUCAAGAGGUGUUAAAAAUUAUGUCCAUCUUUUAUAACAGAACUGUUGUCUAAUUAAAGUGCAGAGUUUUUAAUUCAUGCUUUGUUUAAAAUACUGUUUUUUAUAAAAAGCUCUGUUUUUUACGAAAAGCUCAAACCAAGAUGGAGACUUACAAAAAAAGGAUGCCUAUUAAGGAAUAGAAUACUCAUGGAAUAUCUGAUGUAACAUGAGCUGUGUGAUACAAUACAUUUAUAUACUGUUGUCAAUUGUUGAAUCAUGAAUAAAUUAGAAUUAAAAUAUU